UGUAACUAGCGUCCUAGCCGGAGGGGAGGAGUUCCGACACAAAUAGACUUGCUGCGUUGUGCGGUAAAAUUCCACUUUCUAUUUAUGGUUUACAUUCGCAGCUACAUUGUCAACGAAGACAAACAUACAGCUCUGUGCAGCUACACUCCACUUAACACACGUUCAAACUAAUAUUCGAGGAUAUGGAGCUGGAUCGGCGACUAUUGCUGGCUCACUGCGCCGCACACGCCCUUUCCGUUAUCGCUGGACUUUUGGUGGUGGUGCCGCUCGCCUUGAACGGAUCCGCUUUUAAGGGAAGGUGCGCACUGUUUAGUCAAGGGUUCUGGCGGACAGAGAACCUCACGGUGGGCGAGGGGGAGUCCAGGGCGGUCACUCAUCUUGUGGUGCAACAAUGGGGUCCGCUGGCCGCCUGCCAGUUCGCCACAUUUGUCGGCGUGUUCACCGUAUUGUACGGAGCAGUUCAGGGCUGGAGGAGCUUGUUCUACCUACAUCGGCGGCAUGACGACACGCUGUUCUCCGCCUUCCUCACACUGCUGCUGAGUCUGUGUGUGCUCUUCCUCUCUGGAGGGGCCAGCGUCACUCUCACUCUUGGCCUUGUGUCCUGGUGCAACACUGUCACAGACCACAACACCCGACCCUACAGUUGUGCAGAGUCACAGUCACUUCCUCUUUAUCUGGACGUAGAGACAUCCUCUUUCUACUACGAGCUCAAUUGUGCCCAGAUCUCUCUGUGGUGUGUGACAGCUCUAUGGUUGGCUCACUCUAUCCUGUCUUUCCUGAGGCUCUACCAUUCCCACAGUCAGCAGAUCAGCGGGCCGUGUUUGUUCCGGGAGAAGGAGCUUCUCCUGGGUCAAACUCAUGUGGACUGCCCUGUUCAUCAUCCGCAUCCACACUCGCACCCUUCACACACUCCAAGCAUUUUUAUUUAGCCAUUUAAUGUUCAUAGAAGUUGCUCUUUGAGGCUGAUCUAAGACCAGUUGUCACUUCCACAAUGAUGUUGUUGUUGGAAGGAAGAGAUUGGCCUGAGAUCAGUGCAAAAGGGAAUUAACUUCUUAUCUAAGCUAAACUGACAAUCCUCACAGUUCUCAUGCAUGUUACACAAAGAAUAACCUCAAGUUAGUAAAUGGAAUCAGUCUUGGUAUUACUCAUUUGUUACUUUAAAAGCACUUGUUGAAAACGUUCUGUCAUGUAGCUUGUUGUGCUUACACGUUGUGCGCACAUCCAUUUAUGACUUUGGCAUAACACUCCUAGACUUAUUGAAGUAAUACAGUUUACAUGAUAAUGUCAAAGUUUUUAAAAUAUAAUAUAUAUAUUGUACUAUUAAUGCAUCGCUCUUUCAAAUGCAGGAUAUUGACAAACUUUCUGUUUAACCAUAUAAUGUGAAUUUUAUGUGAAUGGGAAGGAAAGACUAGCCUGUUGCAUGUGCUCAAGUCAGAUCCAUGCUUGUUUUUAUACUGUGAACGUGUACGUAAUAUUGUUACUUUUUGCAUAAUGAAUGGUACAUAACUCAGGCCAGACAUUCUCUUUCUAAUCCUAUGAAGGUUUUAUUCUAUGAAGCUGUUUGUGUUGAUGCAGCCUCCUGGUUAAAAAUCCCCUUUGACUGGAUAUUGCACUGUUUAAGUAUGUGAUAGAAAUGCAGAGACAGGGAGAAACUUGAAGACCAUGAUGGAAUGUUAAGAAUCCCUCAUGAUCCCUGAACCAUUGACCUUGAGGAUUGUUGUGAAACACAAACAGCUGAACGAGAAACAGGAGGGAAGUGAGAGAGAUAUGUUCAUUAAUGGUUUGAAAAUGUGAUUAUUGUUGAUGCUGGUGUUUUAUACUGCUAAUUAUUUAUCUUUUGUGUCCUAUUUAUAAGCUGUUUUCACUUUUAUUAAAGGUAAUACAAAAUAAAGUCUUGAUAUUAAUCAUG